GCUAGUGGGUGUAACACAAGCAAGGACUGCGCUGCUUUAUAAAUAUGACAAACUUUUUAUUUCAUAAUAUUGACUUGAUGAGAACGAUGAUUGCAGUCGUUUGAUAUGAAUUCGAACCAAUACUGAGCUGAAACGUUUCAUGGAAACUGACCAAUUUUAUCAACGGCUUUCAUUGAGAUAUAAAUAACACAAGAAAUGUUAUUUUGAGUGUUGGGAAUCUUUACAAUGUCUCGCCAUUGACUUUUAGAACUACCAUAUAAACUUGUAUAAAAAGAUGAAAUUGCAAGAAAUUCCUCUGUGGUAAAUUCAGUUAUAUUAGAUAUAAUAAAUCACUACUAGUAAAUAAGGCUUGUUGGCACAAUCUAUUGUGAUUGCAUUCAGAACCUGAGACUCCAUAGAAAUGAUUUGAAAUGACCUGUUUAAAUAUAAUAUGUUGAUAGUUAUUGUAAUUCACAUUGGUUUAUUCUAUAUUGUUUAGUUUCCAUUUAGUAAUUCAGAAGAAAUGAAUAUAUGAUGACAUAAACGCACUGAUAUCACUAAUACAUUGGUUUAACUGAGUGUUCAAAGUUUAUUAUACAACUGUAAAUAUUUCAUAUAUUGGUCAAGAAUAAAUAAAUUCAUUCUCUGCUUUUGGUAUAUUGCAUUUUGAAAAUCGUUAAAAUGUAAUAAUACCGUUCUUGGUAAUGCCAUUUGUCUUAUCCGUUUUAAACAUGAAAAAAUAUACUUGCUUCAAUCCCAGUCAUGGGUAUAUUGUCUGGAAAGUGCCAAUAUUGUAUUAAUAAAUGGUUGUUCUGGUGUUCUACGUUGAUUGUAUAGAUACUUGUUCAGUAUGGGCUACACUUUGCUUCCAAGAUUGUGACUAAUUAAUCUUUGAGGAUCCAGUUAUUCUACAGAGCAAUGAUUUCCAAUAUAUAAGAUUCUCAAUUUUUUUUACAUCUAUUAUAAAAAGUCUGUCCCUAACCUGUGUAAUUUGAAAAGGAACGAAAAUCAGUCAGCAACUAUCUUUUAACUGGAGGUGACUGGUAUUUCAAUGCGGUCAAAGGGAUUUGUGAGAAUGUUUGCUAUCUGGGUCUACUUGGGUUGGUAAAAAGUUUAACAAAAUGUCGUUUGGAGCGUACAAAUUGGCUUAGGUGAUUGAAACUUAUCCUGUGCACACCUGCCACCUAGUUUCAUCAGAAAAUAUUACGACUGAUGCGGUACAUUGUUAGGGAAGUAUCUAUCUAAAGGUUUAGCAACAACGAAGAGGUGAAUAAGGGACCAUAGCUAUGAAUAUCAUUGACCUGGGCAUUAGUGGGACAGCAGCGUAAUCGAUGGGAUGAGUAUGUUGUUCAAUUACCUUCAAACACAAGAGAACGAACGAUUCACUAGCUACAGCUACACUUUUCCUAGUGAAAAAAGGCUAUGGUUGAUGACUGUGCGAAUGAGGGCGGAAGUUGAUUCAAGCAUGACUAUGUUCUGAUCAGAUAUUUCUGCAGGGAUUUUGUCAAGAUAUUCAGCUAUGUUAAUCUAAAAUAUUUUCAAAACCUAGUUUGUUUUUGUAUUUCUUAAAAUAUACCAUAUAAAUACACUUUAAACGCCUAAUUCUUUUGCCGAUGAGUUGAAAAGGUAUGAAGAUAAACACACGUUGGCGCUCUAGCCUUGUGUCUUUCGUUUACAAAAACCCGACAGUUUUAAGUUGGCCCUCGUAAGCUCAAAUUACGAUUACAAAAUAAAUAUCACCUCAUUUCAAAUUGGAGUAUUUCCGCCAAUACUCCAAAUACUAACGAGCUGGCCUCGCCAAUGUAUGAGCUUGAAUAGUGCAUUUCUCCACUGCUAAAGAAGUUGUGAAUUUUAUUACGUUCAAUUUUGAUAAGAAUAGUCCGCAAUCAAAUACCGAAUAUUUGAACAGUUACAAUCGGAGUAAAAGGAGAUCUAGGAGAGACCAAUUGAAAUUGCGCCAUACUGUUGAACUGGGAAGCAGUUAACCAAGUAGCCCAUAUUUCAGAACGAAGCGAAAAUAUGAAAAUUAUUUUGUGGAUUGCUAUUGGAAUAUUUCUUUCUAUUGGAUGUUGUACUGGUCUAACACCAACGCGGCAAAAUCGGCGACACGGUGUCAACAACCGUUUGUGUAUUUAGCUGGCAGUGCUUUUGGUUCUACCGCGGUACUCAACCUGUGAACCGGAAGCAAGCGAGGUCCGAAUGUAAGAUUGCUGACGCCCGUCUUGCACAAAUAACUGACGAAUUGACACAAAAAGAACUCGUGAAAUGGAUAAAUGGAGCCUCUUAUUUGCACCUCAAGGCAUGAAUAUCGCCUGACGUCAUACUGGAUUGGCCUGAGUGAUGCAGCGGGGAAUGGGCGUUUUCGAUGGGAUUAUGAAGAUGAUGACGUCACAUUUACGUCAUGGGGAGCAGCCCAACCUGCCUCUGAUAGGAAUAGAAAAUGUGUUACAUUGUCGUCAAGUCGUGGACACAUGUGGCAAAGUGUGUAUUGUGAUGACAGAAACCAAUUUGUAUGUGAAAAAGAAAUUUUUAUAAGCUCCCGAUCUGUGUUGAGAAGUAAACCGAAGAUUGAAGAUAUUUGCAAGGACCGUUCCACAGGUUAUGUUGCAGAUCCAACUGACUGUUCCAAAUACAUUCUCUGCUUCCGCUUGAGAGUGUUUGGAUUUAGUUGCCCUGUGAAUGAAAUUUAUAAUGAAGAACGUGGAAUGUGUGAACCGGGAUCGCAUACAGAUUGCAAUAUGGAAGUUGAAUCGACGCUGCCUCCAGUCACCACAACAUCAGAUCCGGCAGAAGACGAGUAUGGUGAGGGAUACGAAGGAUAUGAUUAUGGAGGUGAAGACGAAGGAGAAUAUUAUACUGACGAGGAAGAGGAUGUAAAUGAUGAGGAUGAGAACGAUGAAGGCGAUUAUCCUGACUAUACAUGUCAAGAUUCAGAUUAUAUAAAACUGGGAAAGAAAUGCUAUAGGAUUUUCAUCAACCCCGUUAUGUGGAGUAUGGCAAAUCAAAUAUGUAUAGGAGAAGAACGAGCUCAAUUGGCAACUAUAAAAAGCGAAAGAGUUCAGCUGUUUCUUGCUAAGAAACUGAAAGGACUAACAACUUUGGUAUACGAUUACUGGAUUGGAUUAAACGACCAGAAAACUCCAGAUAAAUAUGUAUGGAGCGACGGAGAAACGUUAUCUGACAGAGAUUACCAGAAUUGGUCUAGAAAAGCGAGAAAACGCCAUAAAGAAAUGAAAAAAUGUGUUGAAAUCACGAUGCUAUCAAAAGGUCGCUGGGUUGAUGAUAUUUGUUCUAAUGAAAACGGAUAUAUAUGCGAAAAAGAUGCAAUAAACCCGUUUGAAAUAAACGAACCAGUAAAGCCGAUAAAAGGUAAAGCUUUAAUCAUUGAUGCACUCAGACCAAGAAAUCUAUACUGCGGGACAAACAGACGACCAGUUUCUCCUGAAGCUGUUGUGGGAGGUACAACUGCAGAUAUGGCGCAACAUCCGUGGCAGGCUUCACUUCGGAGUUUAGGUGAACAUAGGUGUGGGGGAAGUCUCAUUGAUCGUUGCUGGGUUCUCACUGCUGCUCAUUGUAUUGACCCCAGGUCAACUGGACAUACCAAAUUACCAACACUCGUUGUUCUUGGUGAUUUUGAUACCAGUUCCCCAGAAGGAACAGAGAAGUAUUUGCCGAUAUCACAGAUGAUUUUACAUCCUGAUUGGUCACCAAAACCAGUUCCAACAAACGACAUAGGAUUGGUGAAGCUAGGAAAGUGUGUCGACGACCUCAAUCCCAUAUGUUUACCUGGAAGUGAUUUCAAUGACUUUUCUGCCGGAGAUGAAUGUAAAGUUGCUGGAUGGGGCACUAUGGAUAGUUUGAGAUUAAAUUACCCCGCACGAUUGCAGGAAGCAGAUCUACCUAUCGUAGAACAAGAAGUUUGCAAAACUAAGUAUGUGAUCAAAGGUGUUUCCGUUAUCCAAGACAAUAUGAUAUGUGCUGGCUUAUUGGAAGGAGGUGUAGACGCCUGUCAAGGUGACAGUGGUGGACCUCUAGGAUGCAAAGGUGUUAAAUCAGGCAAUCGUGCUGUGCAGUGGGGUAUUGUCUCGUGGGGAUUUGGAUGUGCUCGUAGAGACAGGCCCGGAGUUUACACUAAGGUUGCGAGCUACAUGGAUUGGAUCAGAAACCAUACCAAUAUAAACUUUUAAAUUUUGUUAUCAACAAAAUGAUGCAUUUGGGGCAUGUAAUUCAGUCACCCGUUGUUUUAAUUUUAAUCAAUUAUGAAAUAAAUUGAAUUCCAGCAAG